CGCAGCUGCUGCUGCCUGCUCGUUGCCGCGUCUUCCCGGAGGCGGCUGCUGGAAGCCGCCGAGAGCAGCUGGGGGCUCUGCCAUAUUGUGUCUUCUUCAGUCGGUCCCUCGCCUCCCCGUUGCAGCGGCCGAGCUGACGAAUUUUGAGUAAAUGGGUCCAGUAAUUGGAAUGACUCCAGAAAAGAGAGCUGAAACUCCAGGAGCUGAAAAAGUUGCAGGAUUAAGCCAGAUUUACAAAAUGGGAAGCUUGCCUGAAGCUGUUGAUGCUGCCAGACCUAAGGCCACUCUAGUGGACAGUGAAUCAGCAGAUGAUGAGCUUACAAACUUGAACUGGCUUCAUGAAAAUACUAACCUUCUAACAAAUUUCAGCUUUGGAAACGAGGGCCUUCCAUUUGUUAGCCCACUGUAUGACAUAGAGGGAGAUGAUGCUCCGUCCUUUGGACCAUCUUGCUACCAGACAACAGAAAAAAAAUCAGCAACUUCAAAGCCCCCAUUUUCCUUUAGUCUUCUCAUAUAUAUGGCUAUUGAACACUCUCCAAAUAAAUGCUUGCCUGUCAAAGAAAUUUAUAGCUGGAUAUUGGACCGAUUCCCAUAUUUUGCCACUGCACCGACAGGCUGGAAGAAUUCUGUUCGACAUAAUCUGUCCCUGAAUAAAUGUUUUCAGAAAGUAGAACGAAGCCAUGGCAAGGUUAAUGGAAAAGGUUCCUUAUGGUGUGUCGAUCCAGAAUAUAAACCCAACCUCAUGCAAGCACUGAAGAAACAGUCUUAUUUUUAUACCCCUCCUGCAUCUCCACAAAGUGAUUCUUUAUCACCUCACUACUUAAGUUCUAUACUCAAUCAGAGCCAGGUGCGAACCCUCAAAGAGUCUGACAUUGAUGCUGCCACUGCAAUGAUGCUUUUAAACACUUCUAUAGAACAAGAAAUUUUAGAAUGUGAGAAGACCCUUCCUCUUAAAUCAGCAAUGCAGAAGAAAAGAAGUUAUAGUAAUGCAUUUAAUCACACCAAUACUGUGCGGUUACAAGAGAGUAAUUCUUUAGCCACCAGCAUUGAUCCAAAAGAAGACCACAACUACAGUGCCAAUACCAUAGCAGCACAGCGCUGUGCAUUCAGGUCUAGUGUCUCUUCCUUGUCUUCUAUGGAUGAAGUAUUUGAGCUUAUCCCAAAGAGCAGCCAUGUUGGAAGUGAUGGCAGUGAAGGAUUUCAUAGUGAAGAAGAUACAGAUGGAGAUUUUGAAGAUGAUCCUCUUGGAGACAGUGGCUAUGCAUCACAAGCUUGUGCAAACAAUACCUCUGAAAAAGUGCAGCCUGGCAAAAAGAUUCAAAAACAGUUAUGUCAGGAAAUAGAUGAUGAGCUUAAGGAGGCAGCUGGAUCUCUGCUCCACCUUGCUGGAAUUCGUACAUGUCUAACUUCCCUAAUAAGUACUGCAAAGACACAAAGUCAGAAGCAGCGAAAAAAAUAGAAAUACUUAAUUAGUAUAAAAUCAUUUUUAAAUGUGGCAAUACUCUUCUAAUGAAUUCUUUACAGGGGAUAUCAAAGCCAUAAUGGACUUCUUUUGUUUCAGGGUUAGAGGUGGGGUCCGAAUUACUUAUUUCUUUCAAUUCAUUUUUUAAUUUUUAUUUUAAAAAUUGCUGUUAACAUCAUGCCCAACCAUACUAUGAUGCGAAGUCCUAAGAGAGUAAUUUUUGUCAUAAGUAGCUCCAACAUUUGUUUAAAAAAAUAUACAUAUAUAUGAAAAAACACCUAGUUUCUGUCUUUAAAAUUUGUAGGAAAAGAUUUUAUCAAUAUUGCAAAAUGCAAGAAUUAGCAGCUGUUGAUUUUUUUUUUAAUUUUCCUUCCUAGUCUGUAAUUAACUAUACAGCCAAUUACUGGAUAAAUGCUUAAUUUAUCUACUCUCCUGACAUAUAAUCCAAUAUGAGAUUUUAUUAUUUUUGCCUUAAUUUUUGUUUUUAAUUACUUUUUUGUUGAAUCAUGAACAAAGUUGAAGGUAAGUUGGGAAAUGUAUAGAUGCUCAGAAGGUUCAUUUUUAUUUCAUAGGGAGAGAAUACAAAAAAGAAUUCUAAGGUUUAGAGAAAGUAAUUUGUGAUAUCAUUUCUUCUAAGAACACUCCAAUUCCUAUUGCAAUAUUUUAAAUUUUGUUUCACUUCUUGAAUAUUGCAAGGUUUUUAUCCUUUUUUUUUUUUUUUUCUUUACCAUAUGGCCAGUUUAAAUUUUAGUUUCUGUUUUUAUUGAGUAGAAAAUAUUGAAUGGGUGGUCUGGGAGGUGACACAGUGGAUAAAGCAUUGGAUUCUCAACCAUGAGGUCCUGAGUUCAAUCCCUGGCAGCACAUGUACCAGAGUGAUAUCUGGUUCUUUUUCUCCUAUCAUUCUCAUGAAUAAAUAAGUAAAUUCUUUAAAAGAAAAGAAAGAAAAAAAAAAGAAAAGAAAAGAUCCAAUGGGAUGCUAUAGCCAUAAAAUGUGUUAGGGGAAACACUCACUUUGACACAUUUUUUGCAAUAAGAAUCUUUCCUUUGCUUGUUAAAUGUACUGUAGUCUGAGAAUCUUGUAAUAGGAAUGGAGAAUAAACUAACAAACCUCUUAUAGCACCAUAAAUGAAGGUAGGUAAUUUAGGAAAAAAUAUCUGUUCAGGUUUUACAUGAACUUUGUUUGUAUGUGUAUCUAAUUAAAUUUAAAAAGAUUUUAAUUUAAAAAUUCAUAUUAAGUUAGAUCUUGUACAGCACAUCCUUUAGGAGAAUCAGUGUAAUACCUAUUGUAUGCCAUUAUUCCAUGAGAAAAUAUUUUCUAUUAUAGUCCCAGGCAUUCCUUGACGAAGACAUUUUAAGUAUUUCAACAAAACUACUUGAAGACUUUGUUAUCAUGUGUAUAGUUUUACUAUAUUAUUCAGAGGAAAUUAAUAGAACUAAAUUUAGUCAUAUAUUUUUAAAUAAUAUGGACACAGCUUUCCAAAACUUCAGUUCUAUCUCUAGCUCAUGCUAAUUCUGGUUCAUAAACUUUGUUUUUACUUUAUAUGAUUCCAUACUUGUAUAUGCAUACAUAAUCAUAGAACCAUGAUUUUUGCUUAUUAUUUUCAGCUGUUUCUAUGGCUAUAAUUUGUAUAUGGAUAUUUUAAGAUGUAUACUUUUUUAAUUUCCAAAUUUAUUUGGACAAAAAUAUCAUGAAAAUAUCUUUUCAUUUGGCAGUACUAUAACCCAGGGAUGAUUUAUUAUUAUCUGUCCUGUUGUUAUGUUAGCAAUGUAAUUGAACCUGGGUAGCCACAUUAAACUGGUGCUCUUAAAAUAGGUGUGUGUGUGGGGGGGUGUUGCUUUGUUUUAAUUUUUUUUUUCUCACUGUUGAUAAUGACAAGUUAUCCAAGUGUGAUGGCUUUGACUACAGUAAAGUGAUUAUGAAAAACAUUUUGAUAACAUAGUAUUGCUAAGCUAUAUACAGUGCCAUUCUGAAUAGACCUAGGCAAUAGUGUCUCAGUGAUCUGGCUAUAAUUAGUAUUUCCCACUGAAAUUCAAUACCUCAAAUGUUCUCUUUGUAAGUAAAAGAAAAUAAUCCAAGCUAAGUAGUAGUAGAAUUGUUUGUAAUUAUAACAGGAAUCUUCAAAGUCUUGUCUUGAUAUAAGCAACAAGAGCCUCUUUCAACUUGAGUUUUCUCUCCCUCCUCUUCUGUUGUUCCCACAACUUUAAAACUGAAUCUCUAGCAAAACCAUAAAUACUUUUGCACUGAAAAAUAACAGAAAUAAAUUAGACAACAUUUUACACAUCGUUAUUGAACCAAAUUCAGUGUUACUCUCCAUUUGCUAGUAGAACAAAAUAGUUAUUUUUAAGGGGAAGAACCUUUUUUAAGUUAUGGUCCCUCAUUAUUGAUCCCAUAAUACCAUGAUUCCCCUCCUCAAGUGUGUUAAGAUAAAAGCAUGGUUAAUCAUCACCCAACUAAAGUAAUUUCUCAUCCUAAGAAACAGAAAUUUUACUUUCAACAAUAUGUUAGUAACAUUUUUCCAUAAUAAAGCAAUUUGGCAGUGCCAAAGAGACUGUAUUUUCCAACAAAUUUUAAAACUGGUUUAAACUUAAUAAUAAUUUGUGUUACAUCAAAAUAUAAAAAUCAUGUUACUUACUGAUUCCAGAUUUUAAUACAGCUACAGUGAAAGUUUUGACUCAGUGCAAUUAAUCUUUAUCUUUCAUAUCCCAAAUAGAAUCAGUGUUCUUGAAAGUUAUUUGUGCAAUAUAUUGCUAAAUUACUUAAUAUUUUGCUUUGAAAAUUCACACAGAAUGUUAUUUGUAUUCAUGGGAAUGCUGAUUUUUUUUGGUGGAUUGCCUCCUUGUUUCCAACUUUGAGCCCUUUUGGGUGGGUGGGGAGUGUCUAUAUAGGCAGCAUGACUUCUCUUAGAUUUCUUUGUUUAUAGCAAAGUCUAAAAUAAUGUAUUUUUUUUCACUACGUUCUGAGGCAUUAUAUCAGUAUAAAGGAUUCAUGCUAGAUGAUCAGUUAAAGUUAUGGUAGCACUAAUUCAAAGCUAGAGGAAGUGUUGAGGGAAUAUAUGUGUGUUGGUAGAGUAGGAGGCUUUUCUCAGCAAGUAACUGGAUAUGAAUACUUCACAAAGCUGUAAAGACUAUAUUGUCUUAAAUCCUACAGUAAAUUGACCUUUGUGAAGAACAUAGUAUUUAAUGAAACUUUGAGGCUUUCUAGUUUACAUAUAUUUUUCUUUUUUAUUUUUGCUAAUGUGUCAGAUUUGAUUGAAGCAAAGUUCACUUAAGUAUGCUAAUAAUGCAGUAAAGAUAUUUAUUGAAAGACUGUAGAUUAUCUUAAUGUUUUCUUGCCAUUUUUUUCUUAAAGCACAUUUUUUGCAUCUAACUGCCAGUGCCAUUAUCAACUUUUUUAAUUGUUGUACAUUUAUUAUUAAACUAAGUGCUUAAUUUUAAAAUAUUGUUGCCAUCACAUGGUGUAUAAAAUGUAUAAUUACCAAGUCAUUGUACCUAUUAUUUAUUUUUAAAUGAAAGUAUAAGAAUAAUUUCUGACUUAAGAAAUUUGAGUUUCCUUUUAACCAUUUCCUUAUUUUCUUUUCCGAUGUAGCAUAAAAGUUGCCCUGAGUUUGAGUUAUAACUGCCAGUACAUGACCAGUCACAGGUGAACCACUUCUCAGUUGCCAGUCUUUACUAAUAAUAAUUUAAAAAGUUAACAAAUGUUUAGUUUUUGUAUCUAAUCUCUAAUUAUUAAAACGUUAUAAAAUUUAUUUUUACCAAAGAGAUGUUCAUUAUGAUGAAGUAUUGCAGAAUAAACUUUGUUUUAUAACA